AUGUCUGUCGCGAUCCAGACGCCGGGCGUCUUUGCGGUGACGAGCAUACCAGCCCCCGUGAUGACCGCUGGGCCCGAGCUCUUUCGCCGCCAGGACGACCCGGAAACAUGUGGUUUCUGGUCCUUCACCGAUCGCGUGUCACCCUACUCCGAAUACGUGUGCGUGGGGGGCUGCACGACGCAGUGGAGCGCAGGCCUACACGGUUGCAAGGAAAUUUUUGCGUCGACCUGUUACGACGCCAGCGACAGCUACUGCUCCUCGGAUGUGUCUCUGCUACCGGGCGAACUUUGCUGCACCCAAGAUCAGUUCACCAACUGCGUCACGGCGUCCAAGCAGGACGAGGGCCGCUGGCUGAAGGCCUACGAGUGUUGGGUGGGCUUGAGCGGCGAGGCCUACAUCUCCGUCUCUGCGACGAUUGUCGAGACGACCGACGGCACUACCGUCACCACGGAGCUCACCACGGAUGUACCUACCGCCACCGAGACCGAGGACUCGGGGGGGAGCAAGGCCACCAACAGCCCCGCGGGGGGCGAGAACGAGAGUGAAACAUCCGCCACUGCGACCAGCGACGCGGGCGAGGGCGACUCAACAGGCGAAGCGUCAGAGAGCGAGAAUGACGGGAAGGACAGCUCGGGGCCUCCUAUCGGCGCCAUUGUCGGCGGUGUCAUUGGUGGCGUGGCGCUGAUUCUGGGCAUCGCGUUUGGUCUCUGGUUCAUGCGCUUCUACAAGCGCAAGCACGCGAAGCAGACGGGUGCCGAGCCCAUGCGCGAAGAUCACCCAAACACAUCCUACCACGGCGCCACCUAUCCUAGCCACGGUGCGAGCUAUCCGAUGCAGAACGGUGCCUGGGGAUACCAGGUGCCGGCCGAGCCCAAGCCCGGGCAGCCGUAUGCGCCGGUGGAGAUGCCCGGGAGCCACGAGCGGGCGGAACUGCAUUGA